UUAAGGGGCGGGCCGGCGGGCGUCGGGGUCCGCAGGGGAUUAGCCCGCGGUGGGCGCGCCUCAGGUCGCCAUUUCUUGGCGUCUCCGGAGGAGCCGCCCCUCGCAGCCUCGCGCGGUCAGCUCCCCUCGUGGCCGCGCCGCGGUCGCAGCCCAGUGACCAAGAUGCUGAGCUUCUUCCGCAGAACCCUCGGUCGGAGGUCGAUGCGUAAACAUGCUGAGAAGGAAAGGCUCCGAGAAGCUCAGCGUGCUGCCACGCACAUCCCUGCGGCUGGAGAUGCGAAGUCUGUCAUCACGUGCCGGGUGUCCCUCCUGGAUGGCACUGAUGUCAGUGUGGACUUGCCGAAAAAAGCCAAAGGACAAGAGCUGUUUGAUCAGAUUAUGUACCACUUGGAUCUAAUUGAAAGCGACUAUUUCGGACUGAGAUUUAUGGAUUCAGCACAAGUAGCACAUUGGUUGGAUGGUACAAAGAGCAUCAAAAAGCAAGUAAAAAUUGGUUCACCCUAUUGUCUGCAUCUACGAGUUAAGUUUUAUUCCUCAGAACCAAAUAAUCUUCGUGAAGAGCUAACCCGGUAUUUAUUUGUUCUUCAGUUAAAACAAGAUAUCCUUAGUGGAAAAUUAGAUUGUCCCUUUGAGACAGCUGUGCAAUUGGCAGCUUAUAAUUUGCAAGCUGAGCUUGGUGACUAUGAUCUUGCUGAGCACAGUCCCGAACUUGUGUCUGAGUUCAGGUUUGUGCCCAUUCAGACUGAAGAGAUGGAGCUGGCUAUUUUUGAGAAAUGGAAGGAAUACAGAGGUCAGACACCAGCACAAGCUGAAACCAAUUAUCUGAAUAAAGCCAAGUGGCUAGAAAUGUAUGGGGUUGAUAUGCAUGUGGUCAAGGCUAGAGAUGGGAAUGACUACAGCUUGGGACUAACCCCAACAGGCGUCCUUGUUUUUGAAGGAGAGACCAAAAUUGGCUUAUUUUUUUGGCCCAAAAUAACCAGGUUGGAUUUUAAGAAGAAUAAAUUAACCCUGGUGGUUGUAGAAGAUGAUGAUCAGGGCAAAGAGCAAGAGCAUACGUUUGUCUUUAGACUGGAUCAUCCGAAAGCGUGCAAACACUUAUGGAAAUGUGCUGUGGAGCACCACGCCUUCUUCCGCCUCCGAGGCCCUGUCCAGAAGAGCUCUCAUCGAUCAGGAUUUAUUCGAUUAGGAUCACGGUUUAGAUACAGUGGGAAAACUGAGUAUCAGACCACAAAAACCAAUAAAGCAAGAAGAUCAACAUCUUUUGAAAGAAGGCCCAGCAAACGAUAUUCUCGGCGAACCCUACAAAUGAAAGGAGGUACAGGAAAACCUGAAGAACUCAGUGUUCACAAUAAUGUUUCAGCUCAGAGUAAUGGCUCCCAACAGGCUUGGGGUGUGAAAUCUUCUUUGCCUGUGAUUCCUUCCAUUCCCUCUGGUCCUGUGCUUGUGGAGGUGGAGAAUCGUCCAAGGAGUCCUGCAGCAGAUCAGCAUGACAAGAAAUGCUUGCCUCUGAAGAUUGACUUGCUAGAUAGUCCAGACUUACCAGAAACAACCAUUGAUGAGGUAGUUGGGGCAGCUGACAGUCUGGACAUAUCCCAAGCAUCAGAUGAAAUCAGCACAGCCCCCAGGCAGACUGGACUAGAGGAAUCUGAAGUUGAAUAUGGGACAUUAAAAGAUGCCUCAGAGAAGCUCAAACAUCUUGAGGUGGAGAAGAGUUCUUUGCCAUCCCCUCCUCCCAACAUCGAUGUUAACAUCAACAGCAAGGAGGAAGUGGUGAAGUUAACUGAGAAAUGUCUGAAUAAUGCCAUGGACAGCCCAGGACUGAAUGCCCGCAGAGUUCCUCCUGACUUGAAAAGUAACAUUUUAAAGGCUCAAAUAGAAGCCGUGCAGAAGGUUACAAGAGAAGAUAGCUUAUUAAGUCAUAAGAAUGCCAGUGUUCAGGAUGCUGCCACAAACAGUGCUGUGGUUAAUGAGAAUAACACGCCCCUCCCUGAGGAGCCCCGUGCUGGGAUGUGCACCACACCUGCAGAAGGUGGUUCUGCUCUAAAGGAUGCUACAGAUGAGUUGGAUGCCUUGCUUCUAUCUCUAACUGAGAAUCUAAUUGACCACAAGGUCACCCCUCAGGUAUCUUCAGCACCAAUGAUCACACCCCGUUGGAUUGUGCCACAGAGCACUGUCCUUCCUAAUGGGCUUUCAGGAACUGGACUGUCCUCAGCAGGCAAGGAGGGACAUGGUCCUAGAGAGGUCCCCUCGCUCAUCUCUCCCCCAGCUCCGUUCUUGGUGGAUGCCGUGACCAGCUCUGCUCUAUCUUUGGCUGAAGAAGCCACCUUGAAGCAGAAGUGCUUGCUGACCACUGAGCUCUGAGCGGUGGCCACCUCCUGGCCUGUGACCGAGGCCGGGCCCUCCAGCUGUCCGUCCCAGAGUCCACUUCUGCUGGAGCUGGAUCUGCUUGUGGGUAAAAAGCUCACCUAGGUUUGACUUCACCUUCAUGAACAAAACAGCUACAUUUCCGUCCAGCUGGAAGGGUUUCAUUACACUACACAUUUGCCCAAGAGCGGGUAUAUGAUCUUCCACUUCCUAUAAUUUUAUCCAAGCUGUAAAUUCCUGAAACCUGGGAAUUGCUUUCCCUGCGGUUUCCUCCAAGCCCCUGGCUCCCCCUAGUGGUGGUGACUCCUCACAACACCCCCAUAGGCAGCCGUCGCCGGCGUAGGCUCUCGCGGACGAGCGCACGCUCGCUCUCGUUCUCUCUCUUGUUCUCUCUCUCUCGUUCUCUCUGGUUCUCUCUCGUGUUCUCUCUCUCUCUCUCGUUCUCUCUCUCUCUCUCCUCUCUCUCUAUCUCUCUCUCUCGUUCUCUCUCUCUCUCUCUCUCGUCAGGGUGAGGGUCUUUGAUCUGAAUGUCUGUUAGGGAAAUUGUACCUUGCUGUGCAUUGCCUGGGAAUCAGGAAUUUAGGUAGAUUAAUUAUUACUAAAGAGACGUUUUUAGAGUACAGACCGCUUUCAGAUGUCUCCCAUACUUUUGACUUUUUGCUGGAUGGCUAUCUUAAUACUCCACGUUUACAUCAACGUAAGAUAAACCUUGAGCAGAGCUACAGAGAAUUCAGUUGCACAGUCUUUUCACUCUAGAAGGGGCUGGUGGUUCAAGAGACCCUGGGGCGUUUACCUCCAGGCACGCAUACUUGCUCCUGCUGCUGGGGACAAGCCACGGUAGACUCAGGGACUGAAGGGGCAGCACAGUAGCUCUUGGGUACCUACGGGGACGUGGGCGCCUUUUCCUUUUCAUGUAAGCUGAGUAAAUUUAGAGUUGUAAAGUGAAGGAUAAACAGUACCGGGAUAGAAAUAGGGAAUGGGGGGUGGCAGGGGACGGUGGUUCAUGGCUGAAACUAAAUGCAUCCUAUGGAAAGAAUGCACAUCUCACUCCACAUUAGGGAUUUUCUAUUGGUUAAAAAGAGUUCUCUAGAAUUUCUUCAUCAUUUUUGGUCUCUACAAAAAAUUCUGAAUGUUAAAGUAUUAUGUGCUCAUUAUACAAAAUAGAGAAAAGAAUAAAAAUAACUACCUUCAAUUCCAGUGCGCAGAAAAAUACUCUUUUAGCUUUAAAAAUUUAGACUGCAUCAAGUAAACCUUAGCCGUUGCGAGGAAUGAGGGUGACCUGGAAAGUGUUGGUAAAGUUGCCGUUAAUCCCUGUUGUCAAGGGUUGCUGUUAAAGUAUACCUCCUGGAAUUUGGUUUUAGUUUCCUGCCCUGUGGUGUAUAUAUGUAAUAGAGCGUUUAAUGUAUGCUAUUCACCAUAAAAGAACUCCCAGUUCCAGGAUCUUUAAAACUACAUGGUUUGGACUCUCCUGGGUUUGUUCCUUGUAGCAUAAUCACGAGGGUCUGUCUAGAAAGCUCAGGAACUUUAAUCUUGUGCUGUUUCCCAGGGAGCUGUUGAGAUUGGAAACCACUCCUGCACAAAACAGUUUUGCUCAAGGAAAGAAAGUUGGCCCUUCUUGUUGGCUGCCUCCCCUUAGCUUGCGAAGCUUGUGAAUUUCAUUGGGGGAGCUCUUGCCAAUUCUUAAUUGUGAAACAGAUUUUCUUGCCGCUGUAGUGACAUCUAGAACAAGGGACAUCACAUUUUCAGUCCUGAUGGCCCUGGAGGUAAAGGGCUAAGGUUGUGCUUCCGGUCACAGAGCAGCUUUCUAGAUUUUGGAACUAAAUUGUUGAAAUACCGCUAACCUUUAUGUCUUCAAGCACCUGUAAUCUUACCAGUGAGAAUAUUGAUAGGGACCUCUAAACAUUCCUUUAAUCUCAAGUUAAAGGACACUUUGCCUCGCAUCCUGACAGGAACUGGUAAAUAUGGACAUUAAUGCUUUACUGAAUUAGCCCUACGCAGCAGAUACAUGUCAGUCUAAAUGUCAUUUCAUACCUGCUGCAGGUGCCGUUCCCGGGUGGCUAUGAUGCUCCCCUGUUCUGCUCAUUUUGAAUGGGGUGAGGGCAGGGCUGAGGUCUGAGCAGGUCAGGUAGAGGAGGCGCAGAGAGAGCAGCAGGCGAAGGAUGCUGACAGAGACUGGGGCUUGACAUGACUGGACCAGAGCAGGUGGAUACACUGAAGUGGGGUGGGGGUGGGGGAGGUCCAGCUGUGGCAGUCUUGCGGGCAGGUGGCCCUUGGGGCACGGUACCUGAUGACAGAGAAGCUUAACAUCUGCCUGUACAUCUGAGCCACUGAUAAACCCAGUACAGCUCUGACCCUCAGAUGGCUGUUCACAGCGGCAGUGGGCUGGACAGGAGUUUUCUGUGUCAGAUGUGGUUCCCAUGCCGCGCUGCAGUACAGCUGGAAGGAGCACUGGCCAUGUCAGGCCAGCGAGCAAGCACAGGUGUGAGUGGAGAGCGCAGGUUCAGUUGGGCGCUCACUCCAGAGUGCAGGUGGUUAGUGUCCCUGCAGUGGGAGGCCACACGGAGGCGCCUUAGCGCUGAGAUAACAGACCCAGUUUAGUAGAAAUAAUAGAAGGCCGCUUGAGUCACAGGCUCCACUCUGUGUCGCUCUCUUCCCAGUCUCUCCAGAGACAGAUUUUACUCUGGAAACAGACCAGGAAGAACCACGGUAGAGCUGGUGACUGUGAGCAGGUUUUAGGCGGCUGCUUAGAACGGGACUGUGGCUUGUGUCUACUUGCUGUUGCCCCUGGUCUAGGGUGUGUGGGGCGCUCCAAGCAGCGGAGAGCUGAAGCCCAGGUCAGCUCGCUGCGCAUCCGGGGCCUGGUCAGGAAGGGAGAGCUGGCAUGGAAGUUGGCAAGAAGGUUGGCAGAUUUCAGGUUUCUCUCCUAGACUCUUGAGAACUUGAGAAAUAAUAGUGGAGUAAUAAAGGAGAUCCUGCUUCUCAGGGUCUCACUUUCGUGUUCACAGGAAGGGCUCACUGUUCUUGCAUCCCUGCCCCGGGGGAUACCCUGCUGAACAGAGGAGUGAUUCAAUUCCUUUGAUCGGGAUGAAUGUGGUUUUACCUGAGCUGCUUUCCUAAAACACUGAUGUUGUUUUAAGAAAAGAUCUUAUUUUGAUGUGGGAUCUCAGGUCCCAGAUCAGGAAUUGAAGGCAGGCAGCAGUGGUGAAAGCUCGAGUCCUAACCACAGGAACUGCCCGUUAUUAGCAAUAUUUCUUGUCAUCUGCCAAGUUUGUGUCUUACCUUCACCCACCGGAGCAGUCACAGCUGUUCCAUGGACAGUGAAGGAUGCAGUCCCUGGGUCGUCCUGCAUCUUGGCCACCUGUUCCUCAUGCGUCUCAGCUCCGGCUGACACUUCCUCUUUCUCUGCUUAGCUGAACCGGGAGGGAAAGCUCCGGUGUCGCUGCAGAAACCUCCUUAGAGCAGAACUCUCUGGUGGUCACCUAUGUAGAGGAAGAGCUCGUGUGCUCUUCUGUAAGUCAGGCUCUUAGAAGCCAAGUUCUCAUCACUUUUAGGGCAGGGUCGGCAGGCGUUCUCUAUAAAGAGCAGAGAUGGCAGGUCCCGCUGCUGCAGAGGGCAACGGCUGUGUAGAUAACGGUGUGUAUGGUCCAGGGGGCUCCCUGGGAGCCAGGCGGGCGAUCACUGUCUGUCACUGGAGCAGGUGGGCGACCUCACUCACACUUGGACAAGCCGUGGUCAAGAGUCUCCCCGAUCUGAGGGGCUUCAAGGUCUCAAUAGUUUCUGAUUACUCUUGCCCUCAGCCUUAGCAACUGGAAUCUAAUGUAUAAUAGACAUUUUUAUAUUAUUUGGGAUUUUUUUUCCUCUCAUAAGUUUAAGCACUACUGUUCUUCAAGAAAGUUGGAAGCUUUUCCUACCUUUUAGCCUCCAGGAUGAGGAAAUUUGUUUGGAUUAUAGAAAUUUGCCCUGAGCCUAACUCUGCUGAGUUAACUUGGUAGAGCUGUGAUUGCUUCCGGUUCUGAGAAGUGGGAUCACGAGCCACUGGAUCGCCUUGAUGGAGACAGUAAUUCUGGCACUGUCCAGGAUUUCUCUUCAUCAGAGAGGUGUCUUAGACCUCUUGCUCUCGUUAUCUCAUGUCUGGGUAUGAUAGACAGUGAUGAGGACCUCACUAACUAUUUUGUGUUUACUUUUUCUAUGUGUAAAGCUUUGCCGUAGUUUUUAAAGUGUAAUUUAUUUUUAUAUCAAGUGCACUAUUCAUGCAGCGUGUUCCACGGUUUUAUAUGACUUGUACUAGAAGCACUGCACUGAACUGUGAUCGUUCUGCACUGUAAUGACGACUGUAGACGUGACCACCAAUAAAGCUUUUGUGAAACACUUA